UACCAAGCCAACCAAAUCCAUCCCUCGUGCAUGCGAUACUCGGCUACGCCCCGUGAUCUCAAGGAGCAGCUUGCAGGACUUGCGGAACAUUCUAUUAUGGGUCUUGAGGUUUAUAUGUGCCUUUAAGAACGUCGGCCUUCAUUAUUUUUCUGCCUCCAGUCGCCUACACCGGUGCCUCAGUGCCGCCUUUUCGUCGCGAGCUCUAAACCCUCCAAGCCACCACCCCCUGGCGCAAGCGCUUCACCAUCGACGUCCACUACUUACCCCUACAACAUAAUUCUUCUUGCCGCUAUUCAACCAUGCUGCUGAAUAGGAUACCGUGAAGUCAUCUUCUUUCAAGCUGACUCUGGUCGGAGCUAUUCUUAUCUCCACCACCGCAUUCCUUACCACCAUCUACAUUUCCCCCAGGCAAGCCACUUUUCGACAUUUCUCGCGGGUAGCUAGCUAUUAUUCGAAGAUGGCGUCCUCUUCCAAUAAUCGUUCCAUGGAGUCUCGUACGGGAAGAAGUAUGCAACGCUAUAGCUCCAACGGCGAACGACUAGUUGCUGGAGUGGUACCCCUCACCGAAGAUAGAAUGUAUGUCCUUCUGAUUCAAUCAACACGGAGGAAAGGCUGGGUCUUGCCCAAAGGAGGAUGGGAGUCAGAUGAGGAAUGUGAGCAAGCCGCUGAACGGGAGGCGUGGGAAGAAGCCGGCAUUUCCAUCCGGGUCGACUACGAUCUUGGGAACAUCGUGGACUCGCGACCACCUAAAAAGCUAUCGAAGGAGGCGCCCAAAUCUCUGUACCGUUUCUAUGAAGCCACAGUGCUACGGGAAGAAGCCGACUGGCCCGAAAGGCACAAGCGGGAACGCCAAUGGUUCACCUACUCACAAGCCAAAGAGGCCCUUUCGAGUCGUCCGGAGCUUUUACAGGCCCUUGAGGCAUCUACUAUUCACCGGAUGUAGGAACAGCAGAAUUCUGUUUAGAUGGCGAUGCAUUGGGAGCGGCGUCUGGCAUACAGGGCGAUGAACGCAUUCCUGCCUGGUCUCAUGACUCAUUCCGAUGACUCAAUACGGACGAAUUGCAUAGAUUUGGGUUACGGAGUUCUCGGUGAUCAUCAACGAACUACACUAUUGGCAACUGGCGGUAUCUAAACAAGUAUACCUGUCUGCCUUUAGAUGGGUCAAAAGUACAGGUUGAGCCAGCUUCAAAGCUGGGCAAUAGUCAGUUGGGCGGGUGUAUUUGAUUUCGAUUUAUUUUUCCCUUCGUCUGCAACUUGCAUCUUUGCAAAGCAUCGGCAGAAGAAAACUUGCAUAUAACUCGGGCGUUGUUGGCAAAUCAUCUUAGAAGCCAAAAGGCUGGUGAGUCUUAAGAAAGCUCCUGGACACUAAUCAAGACAUACGGAAAGACCAGAGAAGGCAAGAUACAUUUCUCAGUCAUCAAACUGGUUACUACCAACACCAUACCACGUGUAGAGAUGCCCAAA